GCAGUCCCAAUUCUCUUUUGCGUAUCAAAGCAAAGCAAUCUGAUAUGGCUUCGUCUUCUUCCUCUACUCCAUCUUCUCAAUCUCCAAAGAAAUAUGAUGUUUUUAUUAGCUUUAGAGGUGAGGACACCCGCUUCAAUUUCACUAGCCACCUUCAUGAAGCACUUCGUAGAAACCAUGUAGAUACAUACAUCGACUACAGACUUGAGAAAGGAGAUGAGGUAUGGCCAUCUCUUGAGAAAGCCAUCGAAGAUUCAACUCUCUUCCUUGUGAUCUUCUCAAAAAACUAUGCAUCUUCCACGUGGACCUUGAAGGAGCUUUCAAAAAUAUUAGACUGCUCCAAAAAUCAAGGUCACCAGCUUGUUAUGCCAGUGUUCUAUAGAGUAGAUCCUUCACAUGUGAGGAAGCAGUCUGGGAGUUACCAGAAAGCAUUUGAAGAACAUGAGCUUAAAAGCAUCAACAACCAACAUCUACACAUGUGGAGGAAGGCUCUCACUCAUGCUGCCAAUUUAUCUGGUUGGCAUUGUAGCUUCGAUAGGGAUGAAGCGGAGCUAAUUAAAGAAAUAGUGAAAUGUGUUAUACACAAGUUAGGCUGUAAUUAUCAAAGUGAAGAUUAUCUAAAAGAUUUGAUCGGAAUUCAGAAAAGAAUGGCAGAUGUAGAAUCAUUGUUAGAAAAAGAUUCAAAUGAUGAUGUGCGAUUUAUUGGCAUUUGGGCUAUGGGUGGUAUGGGCAAAACGACUCUUGCAAAAGCAUUGUUUAGCAAAUUGCGUUUUGGAUAUGAAGGGUCUUACUUUUUGGCUAAUGUAAGGGAAGAAUCAAAGAAAUGUGGAAUAGAUGCUUUGAGGGAAAAGCUCAUUUUGAACUUAUUAGGGGAUAAAGAAUCUCACAUUGACAUGGUUGAUGGUGCAAUAUCUUCUUAUGCCAUGAGGAGACUUAGCCGCAAAAAAAGUUUCGUUGUUCUUGAUGAUGUUGAUGAUCUUGAACAAUUAGAAAAAUUAGCAGGAAAACAUGAUUGGUUUGGACCAGGUAGUAAAAUAUUGAUAACAACCAGAGAUAAGCAAGUUUUUGGUAAGGAAGUAGAUGAUAUAUAUCAGCUUGAGGCUUUGAAUUCUGAUGAGGCUUUUCAACUUUUCUCCUUAAAUGCCUUCAAAAAACACUAUGAUGGUGAUCCAAAGAUACGAGAGCUGGUAGAAAAAAUUACUCACUAUGCAGGUGGAAAUCCAUUGGCCUUAAAAGUUUUAGGUUCCUUUUUGUAUGGCAAAAAUCAAGAAGCAUGGCAGAGCCAAUUGGAAAAGCUUACAAAAUUACCUUGUCCAAAAAUUAAUGAUAUCCUCAAAUUGAGUCUUGAAGAACUUGAUUCUGAAGAGAAAAGUAUUUUCUUGCAUAUCUCAUGUCUCCUCAAUUAUUGUGAUGCUGAAGAUAUAAAAAAUUUGUUAGAUGCAUGUGGUUAUUCAACUGAGAUUGGAUUGAUGAGACUUGAAGAUAAAGCUCUUUUAGAAAUUCAUGAAAGAAGAAUAUCAGGAGAAAUUCAUGAAAGAAAAAUAUGUAUGCACCAUUUGAUAAAAGAAAUGGGUCAACAAAUUGUUCGUGAAGAAUCGUUAAAUGAUCCUAAAAGGUGCAAUAUAUUAUGGAUUUCCAAGAAAAAUUCUGACAUAGUGAAGAAAAACAUGGGAAGUGCAGCUACCGAAGGCAUAAUUCUGAACCUUUCCGAAGUUGAAGAGAUGUGCUUCAAUAAAAACGCUUUCCGUUCAAUGCCCAAUCUAAAGUUUCUAUGUUUUGAUAGAAAUUUGGAUUAUCAGUUCAGGAACAAGUUAAACUUUCCCUGUGGUAUAGAGUUUUUACCAAAAAAUCUCAGACUCUUGCAUUGGGUGGGAUACCCUUUAAAGGCCUUGCCAGCAAAAUUCGAGAUUGAAAAUCUUGUUCAAAUUAUAAUGCCUCAUAGCAAUUUGACAAAACUUUGGGAUGGAGUGCAGAAUCUCGUGAAUUUACGUGGAAUUAACCUCCAUGGAUCAAAAGACUUGAUUGAGCUCCCAAAUUUUUCCAAGGCAAUACAUCUUGCAGAAGUGAAUCUCAAUGAUUGUUCAAAAUUGCAGGGUGUUCAUCCAUCUAUUUUAUCCCUCAAUAGUCUUUGUUAUUUAAGACUAAGAGGUUGUGAAGCCCUUACCAACCUUACAAGCAAUACCCAUCUCCAAUCACUAGAGUAUCUGGACCUAACAGAAUGCUCAAGAUUGAACAAAUUUUCAGUGACCUCAGAAAACAGUGGGUUUGAAUUGAUACUUUCGGGAACGGCCAUCAAUGACGAGUUGUGCUCAUCAAGUGGACGUCUCAGCAAAAUUGGUUCAUUGUUUCUAGACGAAUGCAAAAGUGUGAAAAGUCUUCCCUACAAAUUGGUUGACUUGCGCAACCUCGGACGUCUUGAUGCUAACGGAUGUAAUAAGGUAGCAUCAAAUCUACUUUCCAUAUUUGAUGAGAUGCGUGCUUUGGAAGUUCUAUAUCUAAAUGAUUGUAGUGAAUCAUUUGAAGUUCCUGAUAACAUCAGCUUGUUAUCGUCAUUGCGUACGUUAAGUUUGUCAAGGAGUAAUAUAGAGACAUUGCCUUCAAGCAUCAAACACCUUUCGAGCCUGAAAGAACUUAACGUAAAUAGAUGCGAAAGGCUUCGGUCCCUACCAGAACUACCUCCCUCUAUCUUAGACCUAUCUGCCAGGGACUGCCUAUCCCUUGUGUCCCUACAGUUACCUUUAAUGAGAGAAGAUGGAGAACAAAAAGAAGAUCAAACAAAACUGUGCUUUGCUUUCACUAGUUGCAUGAAGUUGGAUCAACAAUCAAUCAAAGCUUGCGAGGCAAAAGUGGUACACGAGAUAAGUAAAGCCACUUGUUGCGGGGCUUAUGUGGAAUAUCCAGGAGAAAGAGUUCCAGAUUGGUUCAUGUAUAGGUCUAUACGGUCAUCUGUCAUAACUGUGGAUCUCCGUUCUAUUCCACAACCUUGGGAUGGCUGUUUCAUUUUCUGCGUCGUCAUUUUGAAGUCACCACCGAUGGCAGCAGUUGACGCCAAAUGCUUUAUUGAUGGUCAAUAUGCUUGCACGUAUGAAGGUGGGUUUAUCUAUGAUCCUCUAUUGUCAGAUCAUGUUGUCAUUUGGUACGACGCAUGUUCUUGUGGAGAACUACAAAGGAAAAUUGAAGAGAAGAAAAGGGAUGCUCACAGCGACACUUAUAUCCCAUUGCUUCAAAUUCAAUUCACAGUUGCUGCAUUAAUAAGAGGAGAGAUCAAAGAGUGUGGGGUAUGUCCCACAUCAGCACUACUUGAAUAUCAAAAUUACAUUCAACAAAUUCGAUUGCCAUUGCAUCCACAUCCUAGCUCUGAUACAAUGCAAACGCCGUCUCGAAAGCGCAAAUAUCACAGCUUACUUCGUUGAAUUUGAAUAAAUGAUUUUCAGUUUUGAAUGAUCUGCCCUUGAUACGUUACUCUUUCCGUUGUACUGGCGUACAUACAAUUAACUGAAGACUCUUCUUUGAUUGAGAUUUAA